ACGAAAAAUUUGAGCGCGUCGAAAAACACGAAGUGGACGCCGUCGUUGACAAGAGGAAUCACCAGGGCAAGGUGCAAUACAAGCUGAAAUGGCGUUGGUGGCCGCUCUCGUAUGCAACCUGGGAAAACGAAGAGAACCUCACGUGUGAUGAUCGCGUGCAGGAUUACGAGAAUCGUGUGUGUGAUGUCGACCUGCGUUACGACGAUGCGCUGCUCCCGUCGUUGGAUGACAUCGUGCGUGUCAGGCAGUGCGCAGACCCAAAUCGCGAGCACGUCGUUAAGGUCACGCAGCUUGAUGAGGGCGGCAUCAAACUCAAAUUCCUCGCCGAACCUACACGCACAAAGAGACUGAAGAAAAAGGGCAUCGUUGGGACGACACAACGAGUGACCUUAAAGAGCUUCCUGAAGUUCUACCAGUGGGAGAGAGAGAGGAAUUGGCGUGAGGAGCCGCCGAAUGAGAGAAGUGACGUGGAGAAGCGAAACAAACCCUGAGGAGCGACAGGCACACGUGUGCAAGUGCGCGUGAGUGCGUGCAUUUGUGUCCGAUGAACACGACUGACCUGGAUGGCGGAAGCGACUGACAGAUCCUGGAACGCGAAGAGGAUGGGAUGACAGUGGAUGGGAUGAACAUUACGUACCUGUAUUUUGGUCCCUUUGGUUACGACGCUGAAUCGCUGGAGAUCUCAGCCCAAUUCAGACAUGGCAGAGCGCCACACAAGGCCUGUGUGCAGCGAUAGGAGAGAGCCAUGGGGAGAGAGCGCGGAAGGAAGCGCCUGUAUCAUAGCGAAGCGAGGGAGUGGACGAAUUAAGGGAAAGCAGAUCUGGUCUGCUUGUACAACAGGAGAGCUGAUCUCAUCUGCCUGGACAUCUACCGACUUUGGAUCUGAGCUCGCAACUUCCGCUCCAGGGGAUUGAACUCACUUUCCGCGGCUCAAACGGUGGGUGACAAGGUGAAGCUGUACAGGGAGAAGGGUCUGAAGGCCUUGAAAGGUCCCCCGUGUCGAUAGUAGCCCCUCCGAUGAGUCUGACCCCGCUCAUCACAAGAUUUGUCUCCCGCGAGGCCCAAGGGCCCGACUGUCUGUGCAGUGGCUAUCUU